ACUGUAGAACGUUGUAGGUGUCAAUGUCAGUUGUCUUGGUUGUCACUAGUAUUUUGAGUACAGGAUUCGAUGAUAGCAAAAUUCAAUGAUCGUAUAGCAUUAUUAUCACUGCAUUACUUUAUUUGAAAUGUUGGGACCAGAAAUCUAAUAUGAUACCAAAGUUUGUGAUUAUUUAUGAAUGAGUGACACCUGUAGCGACACAGAAGCGACCGAGCACACUGCACUCAUGGAUGGCCACAUAGCUGAAGCCCGACCCGAUAGGGAGAUCGCUGAACGGAUUGCUAGGAAACGAAAGACGAAAUCCGAAACACAGCGUAAUUAUGGUAGUGUGUCAGCAUCACAAAGUAGUCGAUCCAGUGCAGUGGGCAGAUCAGGUCAAAACCGUCGUGCGGCUUCAGGUGAACAUCAGGUUGAAGAGCUGGAGCUUAAGUAUGGAGCAAGACAUGUUAUCAAACUCUUUGUUCCUGUGACCUUAUGUAUGAUAGUUGUUGUUGCCACCAUAUCGUCCAUCAGCUUCUAUUCAGUCAAAGAUGUAUACUUAGCAUAUACACCAUUCCAUGAGGAGACUCCAUAUGCAUUGACCAAAGUAUGGAAUGCUCUUGCCAACUCUAUGAUCUUAUUGAGUGUCAUAGCUUUGAUGACUGUGCUACUCAUUGUUCUAUAUAAGAAGCGAUGUUACAAAGUCAUUCAUGGCUGGCUUAUCUUAUCUUCUCUAAUGCUACUCUUCUUGUUUUCAUAUUUAUAUAUAGAAGAAGCAUUAAGAGCAUACAACAUACCUAUGGAUUAUAUUACAUUAGCAUUUGUAAUGUGGAAUUUUGGUGUGAUGGGGAUGAUAGUUAUACACUGGAAAGGUCCACUACGCCUUCAGCAGGCAUAUUUAAUAUUUAUUGCAGCUUUGAUGGCAUUAGUGUUCAUUAAAUAUAUGCCCGAGUGGACUACAUGGGCUGUACUUGCUGUUAUUUCUGUUUGGGAUUUAAUAGCAGUAUUAACGCCAAAAGGACCACUUCGAAUAUUAGUAGAAACAGCUCAGGAGCGAAAUGAGUCUAUAUUUCCAGCACUAAUUUAUUCAUCGACCGUCAUGUACUGCUUGGCGGCGACCGGCACAGGCGAAGGUGAGACGCCGCCGCGCGAGCUGUGCCCGCUCAACCCACGCGACCACGGAUCGGAAGAUAAUGGCGCGAGUGGAGAGAGCGCGGCUGAGCGUGCGGGUGCGGGCGAGGGGGGCAGCGGUGCCGGCGGCAGCGGGGCGGAUGGCGCGGGCGGCGGGGAGGCAGGCUUCGACGCAGCGUGGCGCGCACGUGCGAGCGAGCAGGCGGCGCCGCGGCGACUGCGGGUGGACGGCACCGCGCCUGCGCACUACGUCACGCGCGUCGAGCGUGCGCACACGCACAGCGACCACGAGGAGAAGGGCGUUAAACUCGGAUUGGGAGAUUUCAUUUUUUAUAGUGUGUUAGUAGGUAAAGCUAGUUCAUAUGGAGACUGGAAUACCACCCUCGCCUGUUUUGUAGCAAUACUUAUUGGACUGUGUUUGACGUUGCUGUUGUUGGCGAUUUUCAAGAAAGCGCUUCCUGCUCUACCUAUCUCUAUAACCUUCGGUCUCAUAUUUUACUUCGCGACCCGCUACGUCGUCAAGCCCUUCGCAGACGCGCUCGCCGCUGACCAAGUCUUUAUUUAGGAGCUAACACAUUCGCUACUUUUAAAAAAUACCGUCAUUCUGCUGUAGCCUGUUUUUUUAACAAAUUUCAAAAUGCUUUUUCUAAAGCAGCCAGACUCAACCAAAGUAGCUAAACAACACAAUUUGUUAUAUUAUUAUAAAAGACAAACCAGAUUGCGCUCGGCGUUGACAUUGUUUAAAAAUAUCGUUCUUUUUUCAAAAUGACCUAAACAAAAUCGAAAUGGUACUACGUUGUGCCUCGAAAGAAGUUGCAGGUCGUAUUAUAAAUGUAAUAUGAGAAAAGAAAUGGUUGAGUAUGAUUGUUGUGCGACAGCGGCUUGAAACUGUUCAGCUCGAUUUGUGUUAUCACACAGGUUUUUAUAACAUGCUUUAUACAGCUAACAAAAUUCACCACUAGUACGAAAAUUUAUAACACGAAAUUGCAUUUAAGGCUAAAACAAAGACAAUUAUCUAACUGAACAGAUGUUGUAAUAUUUGCCAAUGAUAACUUGAAUAAUAUUUAUUGUCUAAAAUUAAGAAACAUUGGUAUUUUCACGAUAAAAAAAAUGCAUUAUAAUAAUAAAGAAAUAUUUGGACUGAAUCAUAAUAGGUUCGUUUUUAGGCUAGUUACGGACUACUGAGAUAGUGUAGGAUUAAAGUUAGCAUAAUGAAGUUAGCAAAUUGAAUUUGUUAUGCAAUAAUUUUAAAAGGUCACGUAUAUUAGCGUAAUGUUUGCUAGUAUGUACAUAGUAAAUAUUGUCUAGAUAGUCUACAGCCAUUGUAGAUAGUUGUUCUGUGUGAAUUCACUAUGUAAGUUAAUGUCCACAGGUAAUUUAGUUAUAUAGUGUUGGAAAAUAAUUGUAUUUAAUUAAAUCGCAUUAUUCAUAAACGUUUAUUAAAUUAAUUUUUU